CUUGCCCUUUAAGAUAAAUACUGAUCAAAUACGAUGAUAUAAUUCUGGCCCACAAUGAAACAUUAGGAAAGAAACACCUCCUUUUGACAGAAAUACAUACAAAUAUUUGUUUAUUUGGUUUGUAAUUUAUCUCAUUUUUUCCUUCUGAAAAGACCAAACUAUUUUUACACAUCAAACAAAAUAUAUUACAGUGUGCUACAAAAACGUAUAUUUAUUAUUUUAUAAUUAUAUAUUAUAAAACGUCUAUUUCGAUCGCUACAAAAAAUCUCUGUUAACCAUAAAAUAUAUGAGAGUGGCCUAACAGGAGUCACUGCAUUGUCUCAUGAGUUUGAAUGCAUAAAGCUGAACUCAGCGUAUAUGGUGAAACAUGAAAGUGUGUGAUUCAUCGGAAUAGGGAAGUAUAAAUACCCCACGUUGCAGUUAAACAGUUGUAUACAGUGUGCACCCCGCGAAGCCGAGUCCCACGUAGUCUAUGGCACUUAAUCUCCUCACUUUGUGAAUCUGGAGAAGCAUCGCAUUACCAUUCUGAAGACAGAAGAGCUUUAUUUUGUAUCAUGUAAUUUGAGUCCUUGAGUCUUUUCGUCGUUUAGUUAUCCAGAACACCAUCUUGAUACCAGUUCCAUGUUGUGACAGAACGGUUUUAUUCAGUUCCUGAAAUCGAGCAUUGGUCUGAAUUUUGAGACAUUUCAUCCCACCGCAAAGCACACGACUAUUCCGAGGUUCUGGAUUGUGAUAUUGUCCCUCGUGCCAAUACCCUGUGAGACACCAUGCAACACGAACUGUUCCAAGUCCACAUCACCGGGAAGGACGGGGCAGCCAAGAGAUGUCACCUGAAAGGAGAUUACCAACUUGUCAUCAAAGACUCCAGUUUGUGUCUGUGUAGUGUGAGGUCGAACCAGGUCAUAUUUGAAUGGCCGUUCACCAAUAUAAGAUGUUACGGGUAUACGGACAAGGCUUUCAAUUAUGCAGUUGGUCGGUUCACCUGUUCUGGAGAAGGCAUGUUUUCUAUAAAGACAAAAGAUGGGUUUGCAAUACACAAAGCUGUCCAUGAGAAAGUUCAACUGAUGAAGAGAAACAAAGAUUUGAAACGUCGCCGAAGGACCACACAUCGAUUAGAGUCGGUGCCCCAGACAUCAGUACGUGUACGCAGAAGGCGAAAGAGUUCGAAGAAGAGAAACAUCGGGUCUCACGAAUGUGAAUUCGGGUACAGCGAACCAUACACCUUUUGUAUCAGGACACGCAUCAGUGCGCACCAGGAAUACUUAUCGAUGUGUGAGACACCAUCAGGUGCUGCUGCUGGCAAUGAUGAAUAUCUGGAACUGUACGAUGAAUUCGAACUUACAGGAGGAAGCAGUGAGUACACAAGACUGUACCGCGAAUACAUAGAACCGCAAAGCAGCGGUAUUUAUGAAACUUUGAAGCCGGCGACUCGUGAAUGUUUGACACGUACAGCUAAGGGACAAUUAUUGUAGUUUCUGUAUCAGUUUGUUUUUAAAGUUUCCGCAUCAAGGAAAGGUCCUUAUGUGCGUCGUAGAAUAUUAGGGGAGCUAUAAGGUAGAAAGGACGUCUGAGAUGCUUUUUCAAUGAUAUACUCAUAUUCACGUGCCAUCUGUGAAACCCAAAGUAGCGUCUGAAUGUUGUGAGGUUUAUCAUACUGUGAAGCCAGAAAUAUUUAGCAAUUGUAAUUUGUGUUGUACAUGUUGUGACUGAGGCGGGUGAUGUUCCGAGUGCACAUCGACCGCCUCCGUGGUCUAAUGGUAGAGCAUCCGCCCGGAGAGUGGAAGGUCCGGGGUUCGAUCCCCAGCCGCGUGAUACCAAAAGACGUUAAAAGAUGGUACUUGU